UCUCCUAAGAUCAUUAUGAAGUACCAAUUUCAAUAUGAAAUUACAGCAAAAGUGCACAAUUCCAUGUGCUUAAAGCUGAAAUCUUUGAUAGAUGAAACUUUGAAGAUUUUUGCAGAUAUGGAGUCUGCUAGGCCAGGGUGUAAAUCAGGAAUAGAAGCUCUUUGCUCUAUACAAACUUCUAUUGAGAAGGCUAAGUUGCUUAUUCUUCAUUGUUCUGAGUCCAGUAAACUUUACCUGGCUGUUAUGGGGAAUAAGAUAAAGUUGAGAUGCCAGAGAAUAAGGGAUUCUCUUCAAUUUUGUUUAAGCCAGAUUCAAAAAAAGGUCCCCUGCUUAUUGGCUGAACAGGUUUGA